AUGUGCCCCUUACCACCGACACCAGCUGAAUCUCCCUGGCUGGCCUGCCCCGAAAGCCUGGACCUAUGCCUGUAUGCCCUGCAGAAGACACCCAUAGGCGGAGCCCCACAGGACCUCAGAGAAGACGCCUCAAACAUUAGACAUCAGCCGCCAAGCUCGUACAAAGCCUCCACCAACAACGAGAAACUCACAAUCAAGGACUCACUGAACAGAGAGAUGGGAAACGAGCCAGAAAGAGGCGCCUACCCACCCCUCCCUCCUUGUACCAGCUCCUUCCCAGAUGCUGGGCUGGACAGAAAGAGCCUUAGUUCCUUAACCUUCUGGCCCUGGCUUCCUCCCACUCUCAUCUCCAAGGAACUCCCUAUCCACAUCUACCCCAUCUUCCCUGGGUACCCACUUCUGCCUCUUCCUUACCUAUUCACUUAUGGGGCCCUACCAUCUGCCCAAUGUCCAUACCUCUUCAUGCUGCCCCCACACUCCACAUACCCCACUGUGACUGGGCCCAGCUUGCUUAUGACAGCCAGUGGGCCUGGACCUCGUAUUCCCCAAGAGAAGACCCUGCUUCUCCACUCAGGAGCUUUCCAGAAUGCCGGCUACACCCUACACUGCCAGGUUGGGAUUCGGAGCUCUAGAGAUGCCUGGACCCCAGGACAAGCUGGUGUGGCAGCUCCGACAAGGCGGACUGUGCCAGGCUCCCGGGCGGGUGUCAUAGCCCUGCCCUACCCUCUGAAGAAAGAGAAUGGUAAACUCUUAUACGAGUGUAACGUGUGUGGCAAGAACUUUGGGCAGCUCUCCAACCUCAAGGUUCACCUGCGCGUACACAGUGGUGAGCGCCCUUUCCAGUGUGCCCUGUGUCAGAAGCGGUUCACCCAGCUGGCCCACCUGCAAAAACACCACCUGGUGCACACCGGGGAGCGGCCCCACCAGUGCCAGGUGUGCCACAAGCGCUUCAGUAGCUCCAGCAACCUCAAGACCCAUUUUCGGCUGCACUCAGGUGCCAGGCCCUCCCAGUGCGGCCUGUGUCCAAGUCCCCUCUACCCUAAGCUGCACCACAGGCUGCGGGCUCCUCAGCUCCGUGGCCUGGCCCACACCCACCUGCCCCUCGCCUCUCUCACCUGCCUUGCCCAGUGGCACCAAGGAGCGCUAGAUCUUGUGGAGGAGAAGAUGAUGGGCUGGACUGUGGACAAGGGGUCCUCGGAAUCCAGGGGAAAGCAGGGGCAGCCAGCUUGA